CCCACCCUACGCACUCCUCCUCCUCCUCCUGGGUCUCGCUCUCUUUUUUUAUUUAGUCUCUUGUAUUUCCUCCUCCUUCGUCUUCAAGAUUCUUCCAUUCACAUUGUCUUUCACCUUUUUCCUCCCCGUCGCCCCCCAAAAAGACAUCUUCAACUCUCAUCACCAACAAGAGAACUUCUCUUUGUUACUCAACACUUACUACUACCUGUUCCGCAUUAGGACAAACUUGCUACGCCCGCUUCGACAUUGUCUCGUCUGCCUGCCUUAGCACAUCCUCUGCGUGGCGUCUUAUAGCAAGCCCUCUCAUCUACGGCUUGCAUCUGGCUUACAAAAACGCCUCUCACCCUUGUCCUUGUGUGAAAGUUAUUUCUUCAUCACAGGAAUCCUCCCCCACAGCCGUGUCGACCCAGAGGUUCGCAAUGGCCACUCUCACCAGCUUCUCGUCACGACGUCCUGCAGCUGGCGCUCUUCCUACCUUUUCUCUCCCUCCUCCCCAAGACAUUCCCAGAGCCGGUGACGGUCUUAGCCCCAACGGCCUCGCAAACGUCAACACUUCUGGCUCGCAGAGCUCGCAUAGCAACAUGCAGUACACAUAUGGCGCUCCCGCUCACAGCGGCUGGAACAACAGCACUUCUCCCUACCACGCCCAGAGCCAGCAGCCCAUGCCUCAGUCGCCCUAUGGCUCUCGCCCUUCCAUCUACAGCCAGAGCAGCAUGAGCUAUCCCAACCAGCGCAGCUCCCAGUCUCCUCCUUCUCACAACGACAACAUGGGCGCUCCCUUUGACUCGUAUAGCAACGGCCAGGACGGUCACUCGAUGACCUCUGCCGCCCCCGGCCACAGCAGCAUCCUCGCCCACACGACCCAGCCCCAGACUCCCUCGUCUGCCACCUCCAACGUCGACCCCUACGCCUUUUCUCGCCCUCCUAGCAACCCCAGCUACUACACCUCGUCCGCGCCGCAGCACGGCUUUGGCUACAGCCAACAGUCUCCCACACAGCCUUCUCCCCCCUCUGCUCCCCGCGCUCUUCCUGGCCAGUACCGCUAUGGCUACCAGGGCGUCAACGGCAUGGGUGGUCCCGUCAUGGGCGGCAGCCAGAUGGGCAUGAUGGGUGGUAUGGGCGUUCAGGGCUACGGCCACGCCAUGAUGUACAACAACCAGCCUCCUCAGACCGAGAAGCCCUUCAAGUGCGAUCAGUGCACGCAGGCCUUUAGCCGCAACCACGAUCUCAAGCGCCACAAGAGAAUCCAUCUGGCUGUCAAGCCCUUCCCCUGCUCCUACUGCAGCAAGAGCUUCUCCCGCAAGGACGCUCUCAAGCGCCAUCGCCUCGUCAAGGGCUGCGAAGGCAAGGCUAGUGAGGACGGCGGUCCUUUGUUGGACGAGGAGCGCAAGCACAUGGAGAGCAUGCGCAAGAUGUAAACGAUCAAGCCUGCCAUUCUUUUCUGUUUCGAACUCGGUGCGCUAUGAUACCCAGUGACGGCAACGCAGUGCUACUUUUAUGACGACAAACCACAAAUCUUUCCAACCUUAACGACCCCUACCAACAACAACCACUGUUAUAUAUAUAUGGGUGCGAGAAUUGAUGGAGAGAACAAACAACCACACUGGUCCACACGGACAGUCUAUUUUAUUUUUACGGCCGACUUUUUUUGUUAUUUGGGAAGCGAUUCGUCUACAUGUAUAUGAGACGGUCUGCUGUCUGGCGCUUGCAGGGCCGGCGAGCAGGCAUGUAUGGUGAAUAUGGUGAUAUUUACUCUUUUGUUUUUAUUGGGACUGGCGUUUACGAGGCGGUGCAUCGCGUGAUGGCCGCGUGAACAUGUUAUUUGGUUUGCCAGUCUAGGCUUUUUGGACUCGGCUGUUUUAUUGCCCGUAUUGGCUUCUACCCUUCCUCUUGGACAAACUGUACAAUGGUUGCGAACCUGGACCUGAGGGACAUGUAUUUUGGAAUUUCACCCGCUAUAUUUUAUUUACACUUGACCAAGCCUAUUACCAC